CGCGCGCUCGUUUUUGGGUUGCGCGCGCAGCGCACGUCGGCUGUUGUGACGUCAGGAGCUCAGUGCCUGUCGGAACGCGACAGGUUGGAUUUUCCCCGCGAAAGGGCUGUGGGAGGCGCGAGCCCCGGGUUGGAAUUGGGCGCGAGACCCGCAGCUGGAGCCGCCAUGGUGGAGGGGCGCUGAGUGCUUGGCUCACAGGUCCCAGAGCAGCUGACGUGCCAGAAGGGCUUUGCAUCUGCCUGGCCUGCAGUGACAGCUCCCCCCACCGCCCAUGAUGCAGCGCCCCAUCACGUCAUUUUUCCAGCCCAUGAAGGCAGUGAAGGAGGAGGAGAAGAUCAGACUGCCUGCAGAAGAGGACUCAGCCAACCAGGUGUUGGAGGCGGCUGUGAUGCAGAGAAAUGGCCUAAGCCUCUGUGUGGACUCCCCAGUGAAAUCCGCUGCCAAGAGGCCCCUGCGCCGAGUCUUGGAGAGCGACAGUGACGAGGAGGAGGCUGUGCUGACAGCCCAAGCAGAGGUGGAUCCCAUACAGGAAAAAAACUCGGAGAAAGCCAGCAGCAAGGAGGAGCCUAUGCAAACUCCUCAGUCUGAUCUCUCUGCGGAUAGCCCCUCGCCAAGCAGCAGUCACUCUGCUGGAGACAGCCCGGCCCUUUCUGACUCCCCUGCCGUCGGCCGUGCUGGCAUCCCCAGACGCAGGACGGCUCGCAAGCAGAUCCCCAAACGCAAAAUAGAGCUGCCAACUAGCAGGGAGAAGAACAGGGAUGAGGAGCCAAGUGCCAAGAGAUGCCGGGAAGAGCAAGGCCCAGGAGAUGAGGUAGGCAGGGGAGCAAAGGAAGAAGUAGCCAUGGAAAUGCAAGAGGUGAAAGGUCAGCAUUCGGAGAUAGAACUGGCUGAAGUUAAUGGCACUUUGGAGGAGGGGGCUGUGAACAAGGGAGAAGAGGACUAUGCUAAAGGGGGAGCCCGGGAGAAGCCUGUGCCACCCAAGCCCAGCAGAGCCAUCUCCAGCUUCUUUGCCCCCAAGAAGGUGCCAGUGGCAAGGGCAGGGAAAGCAGAUGAACUUGCAGCAGUGGAGAUACCACCUGCCCCAACUGGCUCAGCCACUGCGAGCAGCAAUGGGAGUGAUGGCACAGCUGGCAGUUUCUCCAAGCCAGUUGUGCCACUGGACCCUGUGGAGUACAAUCCUUCGAAGAGCAGCUACCACCCCAUCCAGGACGCCUGCUGGGGGCAUGGUCAGAGGGUCCCCUACCUGGCUGUGGCUCGGACCUUUGAGCGGAUCGAGGAGGUGUCUGCCCGGCUGAAGAACAUUGAGACCCUGAGCAACCUCUUCCGCUCGGUGAUCGCCCUGUCGCCAUCCGACAUUCUGCCCUGCAUCUACCUCUGUCUGAACCGCCUGGGCCCUGCCUACAAGGGGCUGGAGCUGGGCAUUGGCGAGACCAUCCUCAUGAAGGCUGUCGCACAGGCAACGGGCCGCCAGCUGGAUCAGAUCAAAGCCGAGGCCCAGGAGAAGGGGGAUCUGGGCUUGGUAGCAGAGAGCAGCCGCAGCAACCAGCGCACCAUGUUUACGCCGCCCAAGCUGAGUGCUGCUGGGGUUUUCAGCAAGCUACAGGAGAUUGCCAGGAUGACAGGCAGUGCUUCCAUGAACAAGAAAAUCGACAUCAUCAAAGGGCUGUUUGUGGCCUGCCGGCACUCGGAAGCUCGCUACAUCACUCGGUCCCUGGGCGGGAAGCUUCGGAUUGGGCUGGCAGAGCAGUCAGCGCUGUCAGCCAUUGCCCAUGCCGUGUCUCUUACUCCCCCGGGACAAGGGUUUCCCCCUGAGGUACUGGAUGCUGGCCAGGGCAAAUCUGCAGAGGCACGCAAAGCCUGGCUGGAGGAGCAGACCCAGAUCCUCAAGCAGACCUUCUGUGAGUUGCCUAGCUAUGACAUCAUAGUGCCCAUCCUGCUGGAGCAUGGAGUGGAGAGCCUGCCACAGCACUGCAAGAUCACCCCAGGGAUCCCGCUGAAGCCCAUGCUGGCCCAGCCCACCAAGGGCAUUGGGGAGGUGCUGAAGCGCUUUGAGGAGGCUGCCUUCACCUGCGAGUACAAGUAUGACGGGGAGCGAGCCCAGAUCCACAUCCUGGAGAAUGGGGAUGUGCACAUCUACAGCCGCAACCAGGAGGACAACACCUCCAAAUACCCUGACAUCAUCAGCCGCAUCCCCAAGGUGAAGAAGGGCAGUGUGCGGUCUUGUAUCCUGGAUGCUGAGGCCGUUGCCUGGGACCCUGAGAAGAGGCAGAUUCAACCCUUCCAGGUCCUGACCACGCGGAAGCGCAAGGAUGUGGAAGCUGCUGAGAUCAAAGUGCAGGUGUGUCUGUAUGCCUUCGACAUUCUGUACCUCAAUGGGGAGUCCCUAGUGAAGGAGCCAUUCUCCAGGCGCCGUCUGCUGCUGCACAAUUCUUUUGUGGAGACGGAGGGGGAGUUCCUGUUUGCCACCUCCAUGGACGCCUCCAGCCUGGACGAGAUCUCUGAAUUUCUUGACCAGUCCAUCAAAGACUCCUGCGAGGGCCUCAUGGUCAAGUCCCUGGAGGUGGACGCCACGUACGAGAUCGCCAAGAGAUCCCACAAGUGGCUGAAGCUGAAGAAGGAUUACCUGGAAGGUGUUGGUGACACUCUGGACUUGGUGGUGAUUGGUGCCUACCUGGGCAAGGGCAAGCGAGUAGGCAUGUAUGGCGGCUUCCUGCUGGCCUGCUAUGAUGAGGAGAGUGAGGAGUACCAGAGCAUCUGCAAGAUUGGGACUGGCUUCACAGAGGAGAUCCUGGAGAAGCAUUACAGCUUCCUGAAGGACCAUGUGCUAGAGAAGCCACGGCCCUAUUACCGCUGGGAUAGCAGCACUGAGCCCAACCACUGGCUGGCAGCUGUGCAGGUGUGGGAAGUGAAGUGCGCUGACCUGUCCAUCUCGCCUGUGCACAAGGCAGCUAUAGGUCUGGUGGAUGAGGAGAAGGGCAUCUCCCUGCGCUUUCCCCGGUUCCUGCGUGUGCGUGAUGACAAGAAGCCUGAAGAAGCCACAACCAGUUCCCAGGUGGCUGAGCUCUACAAGCAGCAGCAGCAGAUUCAGAACCAGCAGCCUGCAGAGAAGGUUGAAGAGGAGGAUUUCUACUAGUGCUGGUGUGGGGAGCCCAGGAGGGGGUAGGUGACACCUGUGGCUGCCAGGGCAUGGAUGAGUGAGUGCUAUAGGCUCCCUGACACCUCCUCUGUGCCUGGCGCCAAGGCCCAGAGCUCUUGUUGUCUUUCCCUAGGCGCACUGAGACCCUAGGGAAGGGAAAUGCUGGCCUAAGGCAGCGGCAUCUGUUCAGUUGUAAUGAGCAUUGUUGUGUACAAUAAACCUUAAUCUCUUUCUUA